UUUAGUAUUAGCACUGUCUGGCCACAAAACUUGGUGUAGACCCUACUCCUCCAACUAACAUCAGUAUAAGAGUCUCGUGUAUUGGUACUUGGCAACCUAAAGAUCUGGAGGAGUCGGUCAUAUUAGAGCAAACGCAGUGGUCCAGUGGUAAAACUGUCUGACUACGAAACUGGAGGCCUUGAAUUCGAGUUUCAGUUCCUCCAACUAGAUAUAUUAUUGUGACAAGAGUCUGGUUUGUGGUUACAACUGGCACGUUAAAAAAACAGUGGAAGGUCGUGGAUUUGGAGCAACGUCUGUACCGUGCACCUUUUACUCACUUAUAUUACUAACAGUCUUCUGGUAGUGUAGCCCACAUUUUGGCUAGUGGUGGCGAUUAUAUGUGAAUAAGCUUAUAAACAUCCUUUCUCUAUGCACGUUCUCAAAGGCAUCGUGUUUCCAUUUACUCUGCUGUAUUUUAGUACGUAUCUGUAACAUGCUGUCAAAUUCGACAUGCUCCUAUCGCAUGCUACAUUAUAAAUGGCGGCGCAAGAAUUUUAUGUAUCAAAAAGAGACAUUGAAAGAAGCGAAAAAGAGUAAAUUCAGAGUUGCAUUUAAUGAAUUGUAACAAUCUUAUUUAAAAGUUAACGCUAUCUUUUAUUUUUCCAUAAUAGUAAUGAUAGCCAUAUGUUAAAGCUAGUAUUGUAGAAAAAGUCGAAAUUAUAACUUGACUAAAAUAAGUGGUUUAAACAGUCCGAUUUAGUUGCAUUCAACCUUAAGCGGUGCGCAUCUAGGCAUACAGACACUAAAAAGACAAAUGGCGCGAAAAAAAAAUGGUAGUCGCAUAACGGCGGAUCUACAUUAUUCUAUGAAUACUAUAUCUCCCCAGCUCCAUGUUGGCUACAGUUAACAGUCACAUGUUAUACCAGGGUGUACCCCAGUUGGCAAAUCUUAAGGUUGACCAACACACUACUUACGAACACUCAGAUUCUACGAAAGAGUUUCAAGACAGCAUAGCAGCUGUGAUUGAGGAUGAGAUUUUAGAGAAAGUUAAAUCGAGUGGCAAAUACAGUUUAAUGUUCGAUGAAAGUACAGACAUUUCAGUUCAUCAGAAUCUUAUCAUGUAUAUACGUGUUUUGGAAACUGACUGCCUUGGUGUUGUAAAUCCAAAUACUCAUUUUUUUUCAAUUGACAGUAUUGAACGUGCUAAUGCUGAGUCUAUUUAUGCAAAAUAUUGAGUACUCUUAGCCAGAAAGGAAUUCAGUUGUCCGGUCUCUGUUGUGUUAGCACAGAUGGUGCAUCUGUGAUGGUAGGAAACAAGUCAGGUGUUGUAACUAGACUUAAGGCAGUAGUGCCAGGUGUUUUAGCUACACAUUGUAUAGCACAUAGAUUAGCUCUUAGCUGUUGUAAUGGAGCAGAUACAAUUCCAUACUUAGUUAAGGUGCAGGAAAUUUUAAACAGUGUGUACAAGUAUUUUCACCUGUCACCAAAGCAUAUGGUCAUGCUAGAAGCUAUCCAGCAUCAUUCACAAGGCAAAUGUUUAAAGUUCAAAGAGGUAUUCCAUACACGAUGGCUGAGCUUUGAGGGUUCUGUAGAUGCCAUGGUGAGAAACUAUGGUGAUUUAGUGUCAGUAUUUUUAGAGGAAAGUAGUGGUAAGGCAUUAAGUCUGUACAAACCCAUCACUUCUUAUAAAUUCCUUUAUGUAGUUCACUUCUUGUGUGACCUCCUGAAACCACUGGCUGCCUUGUCUAAAACCUUCCAGAAAUCCGACUUAGACUUUUCAGAAGUUAUGCCCAUGCUACACUCGACAAUUGACCGAGUAGAACAUCUUGGCUCCAAGAAAGAUGGUACCUACCUGAGUGGAUUUAUAUCACAGGUGCCAGACGAGCCACAGGUAGGUGAGGAUGGUCUCACAACUUUCGAGUAUCAGGGUCAUACCAUUAGGGAUGGAGAAAAACAGCGUAAGGACGCAGUCAGUGUUUGUGAUAAGUUUGUCGCAGGUAUGAUUAGAUCUAUGAAUGAUAGGUUUUGUGAUAAUGAGGACAGUACAGUGUUGACAUCAUUGAGUAACUUUUUUUAUCCAGUUUUAGAAAGGGAAAGUAAAGUAGAUGAUACAGAGGUUAUUGUAGAGUACCUAGGUAAGGUUGGUCUUGAGUGUAGUAUAGAUGAUUUAGACAUGUUCCUCAGAUUUGCUCAUUUUCUCAUCAAAGAAGGCAAUAAGUCUGUAAAGUCGCCCAGGGAUGUAGCAAACUAGGCAAUCAGGAAGAAAGAUGUCUAUCCUGCAGCUGCAGAAGCUGCAGAGAGAUUUCUUCUUGCUCCAGUCUCUACUGUUGAUUGCGAGAGGGGCUUUAGUAAACAGAAUCUAAUUAAAACAUGUCUGAGAAGUAGGAUGUCUGCUAAGUGUUUGGAUAGGUUAAUCAGAAUAUCUGUAGAAGGUCCAGAAAUUAGUCAGUUUCAUUUUGAUAAGGCUUUCAAGAAGUGGGCUUCGAAGGACAGGAGAAUUUUAAGGUAGAGUCCAGCUAUCAGUUAGCUUAAGUGAUACUAAGCAAAAGAUAAGAAACAUGCAUUUUUACUAGUAAAUGAUUUUACUCAUUGAUGUUCAAGAUAAGAUGUUUUCAGUCUAAGAUUAGUUCACUUGGUUGUGUAUCUGAUUUCAUACUCUUUUUUCUCAAAACAAAAUAUAAUGUACUUAAUGUUAUGUGCUGUACAGCUAUUCAAUAGCUAAAGUAACACUAAGCUAAAGAGAAAGAAUGUCCAAGAUAUGAUGUUUACAGACACAUUUUUGUGCAUACAUAUGACUUGAUAUUUGUGAAGGUUUUUCUUUUUCAGAACAUAUGUGCUUGUUUAUAUUAUGUGCUGGUUCAGAAAUAGUUCAUAAAUCUGAUUUCAUACUCUGUUGUUGUUUUUUCAAAACAAAAUAUAAUGUACUUUAUGUUGUGUGCUGUACAGCUAUCCAUUAGCUAAAGUAACACUAAGCUAAAGAGAAAGAAUGUUCAAGGUAUGAUGUUUACAGACACAUUUUUGUGCAUACAUAUGACUUGAUAUUUGUGAAGUUGUUUUUUUUCUUUUAAGAACAUAUGUGCUUGUUUAU